UCAUUACCAAAGUCAUUGUCCCCUCUUCUUCAAAUCAAAAACAACCUCUGAAUUCCAAAAACACACAAAAGAAUGUCUGAAAGUGGCGGUGGCAUGACUGUUCUAGACGGAACCCACCUCAGAUCUCUUCAAAUAUCCUUACCGGAAUCCACCGUGAUAAUCACCGGAGCUCAGCUUCUCGAGUUCGCCGAUUCCAAAGUCUCUGAGUCACUCUUUAACCUCCCAUUGCCUCAAUCUAUAAAGUCCGCCGCUUUUCAACGCCUUGACGUAUCUAAUGACAUCAGUUCAUGGCAAACUGAACUUACCAGAGAAGCAGCCACUACUAAGCUCGAUCACUAUAUAACCGCCGUCGCUGAUGAGCUUAAAGAUAAUCCGAUGGUGAUUUCAGUUUUGGAUGGGAAUACAUUGAGGGUGUUUUUGGAGGAUGAAGAUGAUUUUGCAAUGUUAGCUGAGAAUUUGUUUACUGAGUUGGAUACUGAGGAUAAGGGAAAGAUUAGCAAAUCUGAGUUGAGGAAUGCUCUUGUUCAUAUGGGUGUUGAAAUGGGUGUUCCUCCUAUUCAAGAUUUUCCUUUGCUAAAUGAUAUCUUGGAGAAGCACGGAGCUGGAGAAGGAGAUUUGGGCCAAUCACAAUUUGCAGAGUUACUUCAGCCUAUUUUACAAGAAAUUGCUGAUGCGUUGGCUAAAGAUCAUGUUGUUUUUGUCCACAACAUCAAAAUAGUUGACGGUUCAAAACUCAGAAAGCUUUUGAUCGAUGAUAAGCAACUGAACAAAGUUACGGAGAAAAUAUUCCAGGAAAAACAAAGCACAAAGGAUGGCCAAAGCACAGAAAUAAUCCGGGGUUUUCUUGAGAAAAAUGGAAAGAAGUUGGGCUUCCCACAGUCAGAAGCCAAUGAGGCGGUGAUUCUCCUUUACGAUGCAGUAUUUGCCGACAUAGAAAGUGGAAAAUGUGCUGCAGAAUCAGAUGAUGAAUUUAGGGAACUUGUGAAGGAAAUCCUGGAAAAAAUUGCGGACCAGCUUGAUGCCAAUCCUAUUUACUGUGAUCUCGACAAUUGAGUGAGUAACAAGCUGGUAUCUUUCAUCAAUUUGUUCGGGUAGCAGUAGAAGAAGUGAUUGUUGUUUGUGCAGCAUUACAUUAUUACCCUCCUGAAUUUUCAUGCAAACUUAUAUCAAGAAUUUUCAUGCAAACUUAUA